AUGCCGCAAAAGCCCGUUACUAUCCGUCAAGUUUGGAGGAAUAACCUGGAUUAUGAAAUCUCACUAAUACGGAGUUCACUGCCCUACUUCUGUGUCGUUUCUCUCGAUACAGAAUAUCCCGGAUCGGUGUAUAAAUCGACAGUAGAAAAGGAAUUCCUGCCGCUAACCUCUCCUCAGCAAAUUUAUCAUCUCAUGCGCAGGAAUGUUAACGAUCUAAAGCUUCUGCAGCUUGGAUUGACUCUUACAGACUCGAAUGGACUCUUACCGUGCUUUGGUACUGCAUCUUGCUAUACCUGGCAGUUUAAUUUUGGAGAUUUCGACCUGCAGCAUGAUUUAAAUAAUCCAGAAUCUAUUAAAUUUCUUGAGAAACAAGGAAUAGAUUUUCAGAAAUUUAGAGAGAAGGGUAUUGAUUCUUCUGAAUUCGCGAGGCUACUGUUUACUUCAGAACUAAUCAUGAAAUAUACCAACCUGAUUUGGAUCACUUUCCAAGGUUCUUAUGAUUUAGGUUUCUUAAUUAAAUUGUUGAGUAACCAAAAGCUGCCUGAUGAGAUGGGAUCGUUUUUUGGGUUAGUAAGACAUUAUCUGGGAUACAGGGUAUAUGACGUGAAAUUUAUGAGUUAUUUCAACGGAUUGUAUGGCGGAUUAGAAAAAAUUGCGAAUUUGUUAGAUGUUCCUCGAGUUGCUGGAAAAAGCCAUCAAGCAGGAUCUGAUAGUUUAUUAACUUUGCAAUGUUUCAUGAGAUUGAAGAAUGUUUAUGCCAUUGGUAAUCAUAGUUAUUAUUACACCGGCUCUAUCAAAAGACACUGUAAUGGCUACGAAGGAUUGAUGUACAGACUCUAUCAGCAAAUUGUUAUGCACAACCUUCCAUCCUGUUGA